AGGACUUAAUAACUCGAGGGUUGAAAGAGAUAAGAAAAAUCAUGGGAGAAAGUUCACCUGAUCUAAGUCUUCGACUUCGUCGAGGAAGUUCCGAUUCACGAGACUCAUUUUAUAUGGACUUUGCCCAGGGCAUAGAUUCAGAUAUUGAAGAAGUAACGAGACCGAGAGAAGAUCAAUUAGAUGAAAAUCGAUUAGAUGAAAACGAUGAAAUGCCGGAAAAUUUUCCGCCAUUGGACGAUAUUUGCACGACGAUACCUGAGGAAGCAUCUGAAGAAUUACGAGAAGAAGAAGAAGAAGCAGCGGCAGCGGCAGCAGCCGCCCUAGAGGCCGCGAGGGAAACUUCCGACUCGUCAGUAAUUUCCGGUGAUGUUACUGGGAAAAUUAAAAAAAAACAAAAAAAUAAAAACGAUUGGCCGGGACUUCCGGCGGCAUUACCAUCACCGGCAUCACCCUCAGCAGUAAUAGUAUCACCGGAAACACUAUCAAGAAAUAGCAGUAGUUCACCGUCCCGUACGCAUCAUGCAGUUGGAGGAUUUGCAUUAGCAUUGCCCUGCCCACCGCGACCAAUUCCAGCUGUCUGCUAUCCAGCCCCGACCUUCAUCGAGGUCACCGAUGAUGCAAACAAUAAGCACCUGGGAGCAUAUGCAUUAGCAACAACACUAAGCGCUCUGUACGGUAAAUUGUUAGUAGUAAUGGGCAUCGCAUUUCCAAUGUCCGAAGUGAUAUCAUCAUAUAUACCGCCUUCAUUUUACGAGGGUUUCUACCUGUAUCUAUACUUUGGCAGUAUGCUCUUCUUGCUCUGUAUGCACUCACUUAUGCUGAUCGAUGGUAAACCAAAGCAAAAAAAUGAUACCAAAGAAAUAAGUGAUUUAGAUUCAUCUAGAUCCUCAAGUGGUGCUGCGGACAGUGAUUCGCCAAAUAAUGGAUACACGAAUCCAAGUGGAUUAAAAUUAAAUCAACACUACGGAAGUUUUUAUUUGCGUAUGGGAGCUGUUGCUUUUGGAAUCGGCUCAAUGAUAUACUCAGGAUUAGAAUUCGGACAGUAUUUUGAACUUGAACGUAACACAAAAUGUCACAAUAUUAUGCUAGCACUUACUCCAGCGACGCGUAUGGCUUUUAUAUUUAUACAAAUGUACUUCAUUUUCUUAAACAAUCAGCAAAUGAAAGUUUCUUCACAUCGACUACUCGCACGCUUCGGACUCAUGCACAUGAUCGGUACUAAUUUAUCAGUAUGGCUUAAUGUCCUUGUACAGGAGACUAAGCAUGAAAUACUUACAUUUUAUAAUCCGGAAAAUAAUUCAUUGAAAAUUUCUCAUAGACUUGGAGCAAAAGGAAUCCAUCUUGGCGGACAUACGCACACACAUCACGGCGAGCUUGCUCGAGUAACACGAGGAUUAAAAGGCCCUCAUCACAUGUUCGAAUGCCGUCGAACAAAUAUAAUGGGUUCACUAGUCCAAGAUGCAAGUCCAUUUUUAUUUCCCUGCACUAUCGAGUAUAGUCUAAUUUGCGCAGCUAUUUUAUACGUUAUGUGGAAAAAUAUUGCUAAAACAAGACCAACAAAUAAUUUAACAACCGGAAUUUCCGGUGCAAAUCAUCAUGCUCACGCUUACAGAAGAUCACCGCAUUACUACAGCGUGGACUGUGCUCGUGCUCACAAAGGACUCUUCGUAGGAAUUUUAAUCCUCGUCCUGACAAUAAUCUCCCUAAUUCUAUUUUUCGUUCUAAUCUCGCGCUCCGAACUCGUUAGUUUCGCCGUUACCGAAGUUAACGUCUGUGAACUAACUCUCUAUGGAAUGUCAACAGUUGCAACUUUAAUUGGUAUGAUACAAAUGCGUAGAUUGCGGUACGACGGUAACCGUAAUCUAGAAUUAGACAAUAUCCUACUGAUAGCUGCCCAAACUGGAAUGUUUAUCUACUCAACAUUCACAAUAAUCAGCGGUUACUUUACCCUCGAGCGCAAUACUAUUCUAGUUUUAGUAACGGCAUUGGCCAGCGUUAUACAGACAACAUUUCAAACGAUUUUUAUUCUCGACGCGUCAAGACGUUCGGUAUCAACACCUGAACAAAUAAGACGUAAACCUGGACGUGAAAUAGUUACAUUUUUACUUGUAACAAAUUUAGCAAUGUGGGCAAUAAAUACAUUAGAAAAAUCACGAGCAGAGUCACAUCCAGUACAAUUGCACUUUUACGGUCUAUGGGCAUGGACAAUUAUCACACAUGUGUCAAUGCCAUUAGCGAUAUUUUAUCGGUUUCACAGUACCGUUUGUUUGUGUGAAGUAUGGAAGAGAGCUUAUAAAGUAAAACCUACAUAUAUGUGACGUAAAAAGAUAACCAAGGGGACCAUGACCAGCGUUGUUACACAAGAGUGUUUUGAUUCUUGUCAAUUACACGGUAAUAUUACGCGUCUUGAUUCUAUUAAUGAAAAUGACCCGACUUAUUUUAUGUGAUUGUGAUUUUACUCGUAAUUUAUUUAUUAACAAGUCCUUUGUUUAUUUAUUUGACACUCAGGAAGCAAUAAAUUAUUUAUUAUUAUUAUUAAUAUCAAUAUUAUUAUUCAUAGUUUUAUUUGGCUGUAAAUUAAUGAGGUUGAGAUACGAGUCUAUUUAAAUUUUUAAACCAAGACAUUUUUAAAAAUGUCAAAUGCUUAUUUAUUGUAUGCAGAUGACUAGAUAUAUGCGGUAGGUUUUUAUUAAGUCAGCACUUUGCUCAUCAAGCUCUAUUUACUGGGGAGAUAUAUAAAUAUAUAUUUAAACUGGUAGAGACCAGUUGACACGUGUAGACAUUUUUUCCCUUGUACUGACGAUCGUGGAUUUUGCUGUGUAUGGAUGGAUGUGAAUAUUUAAGGAGUAAUAUUAUAAAAUGUAGUCUGAAUACUUUCCCGUGUUAAUAUAUAUAUUUGUAUUAAUGGAUAAUACAGGGAUUGAUAAAGUUAACUGUUUAGAUGUAGAUUUUCAUAUCAUGUAAAAGAUAAAAGACCAACAUUGGGAACAAUUUUUUUAUUCGUUUACUUUUUUUAUUUUUUUUUAUUUAAGUCAAGACUGAAUUUCUAACCCGAUGUUUUGCGAAUUUCGUUGUAUAAAUAUGAGUUAGGAAAAGUUGUGGAUAAUUAAAAUU